UGCCCCCCCUCUCUGCCCCGUGUCUGAGCUCUGCGUCUGUUCCCUGGCGCAGGGUUCCCCGACUCCCUGCGGUCCCUGGACCAGAUGUGCCGCUUCAUCACAAUGUGCAUAUUCACCUGCACCGGCCAGCACUCCUCCACCCACCUGGGCCAGCUGGACUGGUACUCUUUGGUCCCUAACACGCCCUGCACCAUGCGCCUGCCCCCGCCCACCACCAAGGACGUGACGCUGGAGACGGUUAUGGCCUCGCUGCCCAACUUCCACCAGGCUUCCCUGCAGAUGUCCAUCGUCUGGCAGCUGGGCAGACGCCAGCCCAUCAUGGUGGCUGUGGGUCAGCACCAGGAGGAGUAUUUUACGGGCCCCGGACCCAAGGAGGUGCUGAAGCAGUUCAGGGAGGAGCUGGCCGCCAUGGAGAAGGAUGUGGCGGCCCGGAACGCGAAGCUGGACAUACCGUACGAGUACCUGCUGCCCAGCCUGGUGGAGAACAGCGUGGCCAUCUGAGCGCCGCCCCAGGCGCAUCGGGUCCCGCCCUCCUCAGUCCCCACCCUCCGCAGUCCCCCACCCCGCUAAAGAGUCACCUUUCCACUGUCGCAGUCCCCAAUGUGAGCACACUGUAUUCUAGAUGUGCCCCCUAGUGACCUCGGUCCUGCUUCCUUCCUCAUCCUCCGGACCUCCCCUGGGGCGGACCUCAGCUGCUUAUAUCCCCCGUUUCAGAAGUAGGGUAUGCUGUCCCUACAUAGUUACUCCACGCCGUAUUUUAUGAACCAAAUAUGAUUUUGAAACUAAGUCGCGUUUAAUGGCAACUAAAAGAUCUCACAGAGAAAGGGAAAGAAAUUCAGAACAAAUGAGCCUGAAUCAAGUGCUGGCAAAAGAACGGGGCACAUCUUUCCAGCUGGGAGGGCUCCACCAGCGUCCCACAGCGAUUCUCCAGAUGUGCCCUUUCCCCAUUCGCUUAGAAGAUGAUCAACGGGAGAAAACUGGGGGGGAAGGGGGUCCUGUGUCUAUGACCUUUCUGCAGUCGCCCAGUUGGAAAGCCCCGAAUGAAAGCAAUUAACUAGAAAAAUACGUUCAGAACCCUCAUUGUUUUCACAAGGGACGACAAAGGAAUCAAGAAAAUCCAACUUUAGUAUCUGACAAAAAUUUCAGAAAAAUAAAUGUAUUUCUUAACCUGA